AUGGCGUCGUGCUGCACAUUAGCCAGAAGUGCCCCGUCUGCGAAACCUCCACUGCAGACGGCUUCCACCUUUGACGAAUUUGAAACGGAUUUCGAUGGAGCUUGUAUGCAGUCAUUUCGACUGUCCACCUGGCGGUUUCUCGAAGAUCCGCAAUCAUCGGUUCCAGCAGCCGUUUUUGCCAUUCUGUCAGUGAUUUUCGUUUUUGGUAGCGUUUUUGGGCUGAUACUUGGCUCAAUGCCAGAAUUCCAAGAAGAUCCGAGCAAUGCUUCAGCUUACCAUGCGAUGCACGCCAAGACCAGUGAGGCGGAGAAACUUCACAAAUUCCUUCCUUCGGUCACAAAAAACGACGACUUUCCGGAUUUCGUAUAUAAACCGACUGACAAUCCAAAUUUUGCUCUCGUAUUGCUGGAAUACGUCUGCAUCGGGUGGUUCACGUUCGAGUACAUAAUAAGACUUAUUAUCUAUCCGAAGCGGGGCGAGUUCCUUCGGAAAACUCUCAAUAUAAUCGACAUGCUGACGAUCCUGCCCUUCUAUUUGGAGAUGUGUCUGCCCUUUGCCGGUGUCGAAUCUCACUUCAAGGAGAUCACAGGAGCAAUGUUAGUUGUUAGAGUGCUUCGUGUUCUGAAAAUGGCUCGAGUGUUCAAGCUGGCUCGGUAUAGCAGUAGUCUGCAGACAUUUGGGCAAACGCUCAAAUCGUCGAUUACCGAGUUGAGCAUGUUGAGUAUGUUUCUACUCACGGGUAUUGUAUUCUUCUCCACUAUUAUGUACUAUUUGGAAAAGGACGAACCUCACUCAGACUUCUAUUCAAUACCAGCUGCUUGCUGGUGGUGUGUGUAA